AUGGAUUCGGCGGCCAAAGAAAGUAUUUUACCUGAGCGUUUAUGUGAGCGUCUUGGCGGUCUGAUUUUAAAGGACGAACAGAGGCUUGCUGUUGAAGCACUAAUGUCAGGAAAAGAUGUUUUAGCGGUAUUACCGACUGGCUUCGGUAAAUCUGUCAUCUACCAAAGCUUCGUUAUCGCGAAGGAUUCCUCUUCCAUCGUUGUUAUUGUUCCUCUUCGGAGUAUCAUCGAUGAUCAACUACAGUCAAAUGAUUUUGGCCUGAAGGCAGUUGCUUUCGAGAAGAAACCAGAGUUGAUGAAAGACAUUGCUGCCAACAAAUUUCAAUUGAUUUUUGCUUCUGCGGAACAAGCGCUUUCCAAAGAAUUUAGAGAUUUGCUGAAGGACGAAUCGUCGGAAUUCAGGAAGAAUUUGUCCUUGGUUGUGGUCGACGAAUGUCACACUAUCGAAACCUGGUAAGUUUUUUUAGGGGUAAAACCUGUAGGUCAAUUUCCAUCCGGUGAUCUCUCGUUCUCUUUUCAAAAACAGUUACAGGAGUGCAAAUUUCCACAAAUUUCUUAAGUGAGUGUAAUCGAAUGCAAAAAGUGAUCUUCAUACCUUACAGCUAGUCCCGUAUUUACAAUAGUUUACUUGUGUUCACAGGGGCAAGAGUAAAAAAUGCGGGAACAAGUUUCUUCAACCAUUUCGAAAGGACUUUGGCUCGCUGUCUACGUUGCGGUCUUUUUGUGCAGGUAUUAUAAAGAAUGUGUGUUCGAUAUGUGAUUUACGAAUGCAUAAUAGAGCGGUUUUCACUUGACUGUCGUAAAACCAAAACCAAAGUAAAUACACUAGCCAACCAAAGGGCGAAGUAAAACCAAAACCAAAACCAAUUACUUUCGACAGUCAAGUGAAAACCGCGCUAACUGUAUGAGGCUGUGCGGAAAUGUUAACUUUUAGCUUUUUUAAAUGGAAGUAUUCCUGAUAGUUUACACACAUCGUUUCCUGUAAAAGCACACUUGCAGAUGUCGCUAGUUUUAAAGUGCCGGGCAACAUAAUCUAUUUGUUGUCUCCAUUUUAGAAAUGCAAGCUUAAUCUUUUUAAUAUUUGAGAAAUAAGCAAUAUUUCAAAGAUUGAAAAUAAUUUUAGUCAGAUCUUUGUAAAAAAUCUACUAGCCAACACCUUACAUAUGCAGGUUUUUAUUAUGUGGCAUACUUAAAGGGCAUUCUAUAUUUAGGUCUCCCAUUCUUGGCAUUAACUGGAACAGCUGAUGUUAAAAUGAAGCAGACCAUCAUGAAAGACUUGUCUUUCAAGAAAGACAAAGUUGUUUUGGAUAUCAGCCCUGAACGGAGCAAUAUUCGUUUCACCAUCAUAAAAACAAAAAGAGAAAACCAUCUCCAACAUCUUCAGUGGUUAAUUGACAUGAUUCGAUUGGAAAGGGAAAAUAUGCCCAAAACCAUAAUUUUUUGUACGACAAUGCAAGAUGUGGCCAAAUUAAGUGGACACCUUCUUGGAAUGCUUGGUGCCGAUGCCUAUGUUACUGACAAGCCUUGUGUGCCAGCGAACCGACUGCUUGGAAUCUAUCAUUCCAUGACUUGGCCAAAGUACAAGGGCAGAGUAACUGAUUCCUUCAAGCAAGAUAGUGGCUGUGUUAAGGUUGUGGUUGCAACCUCUGCGUUAAGUAUGGGGGUCAACUUCCCAGAUGUAAAAUUUGUCAUACACAUUGGUCCUGCACGGAGUACAGUUGAUCACAUUCAGGAGGCAGGACGGGCAGGUCGUAAUGGAAAACCUGCACACAAUGUGAUCAUUUAUCACGGCAAUCAACUCUCACAAUGUGAUAAGUCAGUCAAAACGUUCUGUAAGACAGACACUUGCAUACGCAAGGCCUUGUUUGAAGAGUAUGCUGCUGUGGAAAGUUUAACAUGUCUGCAUGACUGCUGUAGCAACUGUGAGAAGAAGUGUUUAUGUGGCGGGGGUGAGUGCAAGCGAGAGGCAUUUCCUUUUGACAACCCCAUGGGAUCUUUGCAAUCAAAGAGCACUAUUACAACCCAGAGAACUGUAAAUGCUGAGGAUCGCAAUGUUCUCCAUGAAGCCUUAACUGAGUUGCAAAGCAAUUUGAAUGGUCCCACAUUGUCAGUGUUUGGAUCUUCUAGUGCUCACGGAUUUUCCACUGAGCUUAUCAAUGAGCUUGUGGCAGAAGCUUCCUCGAUAUUUUCGGUUUCUGACAUUUUAAAGAGGUUUCCUGUAUUUAACAUUGUUCAUGCAAAGAUGGUUCUGGAAAUAUUUCAAGAAACCUUUGAGGACAUAGCCUGCUUCGAGGAGAUCAUGCAGGCUUUGCCUGAAGAUUUGUUCAAUUUCUUUGACAAUCCUGGAGAAAAGGAGCUUACCUUUGAGACAUUCUCUUCUUCAGAGAGUGAACCAGAGGAAUACAAUUCUCAUGAACUGGAAAACUUGUAG